UCUCCCUCCUGAACGUCCUGGGCUUGGACUGCAGCUUUGUAAGGCUUCUGAGCAGUUCUGGACCUCAGCCCUCGAGAUGGUGGUGCCUACAUGCAGGGUUGCUCCGUUGCUCACCAGCAUGGAAGAGGCAGAUGGGUUCCCCGAGGAUAGACAACUCACAUGCUUCUCCAAUGCCGUAUUCAUUCACGAAGAUAGCAAUAUUUUAACUGUAGAAGUCAUCAAGAAUUUGGAGGCUGCUGUGGCACGGGGGGAUGGGGUGGAAGUGGUCUCUAGAGUCAAGGAGAUCAUACAGAAGGCAUCCAGAACCCCAGUGAAAAUCGCUGUGACUGGGGACUCUGGAAAUGGCAUGUCAUCCUUCAUCAAUGCUCUUAGAAACAUUGGGCAUGAGGAGGAGGACUCAGCUCCCACUGGGGUGGUGAGGACCACCGAGAAACCGGCCUGUUACUCCUCCAACUUCCCCAGCGUGGAGCUGUGGGACCUGCCUGGCACAGGGACCACAGCCCAGAGCAUGGAGGACUACAUAGAUGAGAUGCAGUUCGACACAUACGACCUGGUCGUCAUCAUCGCUUCUGAGCAGUUCAGCUCGAACCAUGUGAAGCUGGCCAAAGCUAUGCAGAGCAUGAGGAAGAGGUUCUAUGUCGUGUGGACCAAGCUGGACAGGGACCUCAGCACAAGUGCCCUCGCUGAACCCCAGCUACUGCAGAGUAUCCAAAGGAAUAUCCAGGAGAACCUCCAGAAGGAGGAGGUGAGGGAGCCCCCCACGUUCCUGGUAUCCAACUUUACCCCCUUUUCCCACGACUUCCCAAAGCUUAGGGAGAUGCUACAAAAGGACCUCUCCGAUGGCAGGAGGGAAGGUCUCCUAGAAAUUCUUUUCAAAAUCUGUGAGGAUACUAUCAAGGAGAGAGUGGGAUCCAUUGAAAGGAGCAUAGACACAGGGACUCUAGACAAAGAUUUUAGAAUCCUGAAUCCAGAUAACCUGGUAGAGAUUCAGAAAGCCUUCCAAAAAGCCUUUGGCGUGGAUGACGAGUCUCUCCACCAGGUGGCUCUGAGUAUGGGAAAGAAUGACAUAAAGUUCCAGGGUGAACAAGAUGGCUGGGCAUCCUCCUGGUUGUACCAAACUGGAUCCCAACUUUUCCUUACAAGUCUUGACCACGUGCAGUGCUGCUUUACGUCUCAUUCGUACAGAUGCAAGCAACAGAAGCGUGUACUGGAUGAAGUUGCUGAGAGUACCAAGGGCAUCCUGCGCAAUAUCCUGAAGGAGUCCAUUAACCUUCCUUUGGAAGAUCUGGACAGCUGAGGUCCUCUCCCCAGAUCUGUCUACCCUAUGGGUACCUCCAGUUGAGCUGACAUUCCCUACGGGUUCCAAGUUUCCUUGAGGUUAAUAGGUCAACUUUCUUUU